AGAUUGCUUAAAAAGAAAGUGAUUUGGAGUGAUUUUGACUGGGAGAGUACCUCUGCCCUAUCGGACGUUCCUUCAUUCAGGUGGGGGGGUUACCCCGCGGCAAGAUGGCGGCGGCAUCGACGCACACGUUCCACUGAACCGCACAGCUCAGGCGAUAUCGAGUCAACGUCUAUAUAUAUAUAUAUCUAUGGCCAACAAGCACUAGGACGUAACGAAGCCUUUGUGCGUUUGGAACUCAGCCCGUCUCGCCCUGUGUUUCCGGGGGUCAGGUAUGAGCGUCUGGAGGACCAGCUGAAUGACCUCACAGAGCUCCACCAGCACGAGACCAUCAACCUGAAGCAGGAGCUGGCCGCCAUCGAAGAGAAGGUCGCCUACCAGGCCUACGAAAGGGCCCGCGAUAUCCAGGAGGCGCUGGAGUCGUGCCAGACGCGAGUGUCCAAGCUGGAGCUGCAGCAGCAGCAGCAGCAGCAGUCCACCGCCCAGCCGGAGAGCGCCGACGCCAAGGUGCUCCUCGGCAAGUGCAUCAACAUCAUGCUGGCCAUCGCCACGGUGAUCCUGGUGUGCGUCUCCACUGCCGCCAAGUUCGCCGCGCCCCUGCUGCGCAGCCGGCUCCACCUGGGACUCACCUGCACCGCCCUGUCCCUGCUGGCGCUGGUGUGGCGGCACUGGGACAACCUGCAGGGGGCGCUGGAGCGCACGCUGCUGCCGCCGCCGCGCUGACUCGUGUGUGCGUUAUGCAUGUGUGUGUUUGUGUGUCGGGACGGACCCCGCACACAGACAUGCGCACGCAGACCUAUGAACUAUAAACACACACACACUCACUUGUCUUUGUGGGGACACAGGAUUACCUGGCAGCCACACACUUAAGGGACGUCACUUUAGAAACACUACCGAUUUUGGGGACACUGCUUUCGGGCACAUUGUGAUUUUGUUUUAUUGCGUUCCUAUUUCGAGGUUGUUGUGUAACCGUGAAUCACCCCGGAGGUAAGCACCCGGAAAGUGUUAAAUUAUUUCCAAAGUGAAACUAAAGGUUCUCUUUCUAAUGAGCUGUUUUUUCCGUAUUCUUUUAUGUCCCCAAUAAGGAAAGUGUGUUUGCGCAGGAGAACGGGAACAAAUCAAUGCAACGUCUACACCUCAUAGUGAUCUGUGACCCGGGGGGGGGGGGGGGGAGGGAGGGAGAGAAGAGGAAGAGUUCUGUAUUGUAGCCUUACAUCAACCUGCUUCCCCUACAGCCCUAAUGAACAGACAUUAUAGGGAAGCGGUUGUGCUCGGUUAUUUUCUAAUUUAAGAGAGUACUGCUUCAGACGCACAUUGCGAAAAUAAAUCGCCGGUCUGCAACAUCAAUUCCGUUCCCUUUCCUAGAAAUCUUGCACCGUUGACGUCAUCGGACCAGUGGUCAGAGGUUUGCGUUCUCCGUUAGUCAUUCCUGACCAUCUUUCGAAGGAGUUAUCCCCCGCUCUGCGUUCCGCCUCAGGAUUUCUUCCUUGCUGAUUAGGGGCGUUUUCUCUUGCCCUCUUUGGGAGCUAAGGUCAAGUCAGUGGGUGUCUUAACUAUUUGGCCGCUUAAGCCCUUUGAGACUGUAAUGGUGAUUAGGGCUAUACAAGUAAAAAGUUUGAUUUAAUUUAAUUUAAUUCAAUUUAAUACUCAAAAUAGGAGCAAAGACGUCGAUAGUCCAACCUUUCCCCAAAUGUUCUUGCUCUUCUAAAUUAGAUAAAGCUGAUUGGAACGGCUUUCAAUUAUCAUGAAACGCAAACUUUGUUGUUUUGGGGAGAUGUUGGGGAUGGAGUCAGAAGCAGCCAGGUGGAUCAGAGGCGAAGCAUGAUGUGAUAUCUGUCUGUACGUGUCUAAAAAGCGGUGUUGACACCACUAAGAACUCCAGCUGCUCGACAAGUGUAUUCAAGCCUAUGACAUGCAUCUCAAGUAUGUUUGGAGCAAAACUCUGGGAGGGUGUUUCUGUUUCCGAAAACGCCCCAAAACCCUGCCCUCAAGUUUUAGAAACACUAUCUUUAAGAGGGGGUGUUUAUACAUCUAAUUAUAUCAUGAAUCUCACUACAACGUUGAUGAAUGCAUAACUAGUUCUAUGUGUUUCAUGUACGCAUCGGUUGAAUUUCACACGAUUCUCUCCCAAGAACAAAAAAAUGACAUUGGCACACAUUUUUGGAACAGAAAUCUGAAAAUAAUGUAUUUUUGAGGGAAUAAGGUGAAUAUCUUUUGUAGCCCCAAAACCGUGGAAUUACAUACCAGCCGGAUGGGAUUUGAAGACAAGGACACAUCUUUCCAAUUUCUAAAUGGAAAUUAUUGUGUGUGGUGCUCUGUUUUUAUCUGUUUGUCUGCCUGCUUGUUGUGAGUCAAUAUGUAUGGAAAAGUGUGGGGAAUGUUUCAAUCCACUGGCUUUGGUUUGUGUGAAUCGUUGUGUCGUGGUGGAGAUCCUUUUCGUUUGGUUUGGGUGUCGUCAAAGUGUGCUCUCUCUCGCUCCAAGACUCUAGUGGGCAUCUGGUGUCCAGUUUGUCUCUUGACCUCUCUCUAUCUCUGUUUGUGGGUGUGAUGGGGAAUCUGCAAAAUGUAUUUCGGGUGCUCAAUAAAAAUGGAAUUAGCUCGGGAAGUGAGCGGGGACGUUUUUCUACAGAAGGGGCAGUGACUGUAAAAUAACUGCCGGAAGUGAAUUGCCUUUUUUAUUUCUUUCAUUUUCAUUUUUUUGUAUUUACUUUCAGUCUCACUAUUUUUCUGCCAUUCUUCCUCCUUUCAUGAUUUUUUUUUUUUAUAGAAAAUCUUUUGUGGGAAAGCCUUUUGUCCGAGCAGACGAAGCAGAAUGACUCCUGCAACCCCCCCCCCCCCCCCCCCCCCCCUCCCUCUCACCUCUUGCAUCAUUCUUUCAUCAUGUGUUUCCAGUUGGAUUGUUAUUGGUUUUGGGGAUUAAUCAAUCACUGAAAACACAUUAUCUUUGCAAUUCUGUGCUCCAAACGGCUUAUCUCUGUCUUUUUGUUCAUAUCUAUCUAUCUCUUUUAAGUUCAUACUUUUAAUUCCGAUGCUUGUCUCUGGGAAUGUCCUAUCUGUUUGUUGUUGCAUCGUUGCAACUGUGGUUCUCCCUCUUUUUCAAAUUACUAAAUAAAUCCUUAUUUGUUUUCUAAAGAAGAUGCUCAUUC